AGCUCUCUCCCGCAGCUCCUCCUCUCCUCCCUCGUUUGAAUACGUCUGUACGUAUGUUGCGUGACCCACGUGCAGAUGUUUACGCCGCUUGCCUAUUACUUACGUCAUCAGCAGCGACUCGACAUCCUAUACCAGUCGAGAAUUAUGGAUUAUCCAUCGAAAUAACAAAGAGCAGUAGUAUGAGAUAUUGUUGCGUGUUUAAACAGACCUUAAACAUAUAAUAGCGUCGAUUAAAGCUACCUUAUAAGCGUUCAUAAUUUUAGUUGCAUGCGGUAACCGAAUGAUUCUUAGACUGAAGGGGUUCACUCAACCUCCUCCACCACAACAACACAACCAAGAACCAGCAUACUCAGCGAACACUCGUGUGCUUGUAAACAGACCUUCACACGUGACAGUGGGAGUUGCGACUCUGCGUUGUUCGUAGAGUACAAAAGAGCUAACGCAGUGCCUUCGAACGUUAAGUUAAACGAACAAGUGUGAGACAACAAUGACGAAAAGUAAAGACUUUUGUUGUUGGGCAGGGAAAUGUCUGUAUGUCGAUCAAGAAAAAUUAACGAAGUUAAAGAUCAGAUGAAUUUUGUUGUCGAUGCGUGUAAAAGAUUUAACAUUUACGGUAGCUAGCAGAUAGGUAGCUAACGUAGCUUGCUAUCCGGCUAGCACAUCGACGUCCCGUUAAAGUGUAAGGGUAAGACGAAGUUAUACCUAGAAACUAACCGUUCAUUUUUCCAUAGGAUUAUCUGUUUCAUACAUAAUACCUAACGUUUGAAGUCAGUGCCAGUUGCAAAACUAGCUAGCGAAAUUAGCUAACUUGCUACCACCGGAAAAGUCUUUCAUAGUUUUAAACCGCUGGAUAAGAGGGAUAGCUAACGAUAGUAGCUGCGUUUUGCUAAUAGUGGAUAAAGUCUAUAUUAGAUCAGAUGUCAUUCGCCAUGGAAGAUUCUUUGGAGUCCGACUGGGUCUCUGUGCGCCCAAAUGUUUUUGAUGAAAAGGAAAAACACAAAUUUGUUUUUAUUGUCGCAUGGAAUGAUAUUGAAGGAAAGUUUGCUGUUACAUGCCACAACCGAACAAUCCAGAAGAGAACUGUGGUCAGAGAAUCUCUUGUUGAAGCUGCCGAAAGUGAAUUCGUAUCCCUGAAGGUUGCCGUGCAGACUAAGAAAACGGAAGAUAGAGAGAAGACUUCACCCAAAAGUCUUAACAAGGAGAAUGCCCUCAAGAGUCCCCCAGCAGACCGAACGGAAAUGUGCGUUCUCACGACUUUAGGGGAGAGGGGACUAAAUGAGAGUCAUACUAAGGAGAAAACUGUGGAAACAAGGCAUACUAGUCAGACUAAAGUAAGAAAACCUGGCGACAACGCUAAGGUUUCUGACAUUGAAGUCCUUGAUACACCCACCCUGAUGGGUGAGACCCGGUCUCCAGCUGACGAUGCAGAAGGUUUGGAUGAUUUAUACAGUUUUGUCCGACAGGAUUUCAGCUGGGCCGGCUUGUUCUCAUUUCAAGACAUGAGCGCCGUUCACCUCCAGCUCUGUGCGGUCAACUCUGACCUGGAACCGUGUCUACCCCCGUUUCCUGAGGAGCAUUCAGGAAUGUGGACGGUGUUGUUCGGGGUCCCAGAGCUCUCUCAGCGAGAGACAGAGACGCUGUGCUACCAGCUGCAAGUCUACCUAGGUCAUUCCCUGGACACCUGUGGGUGGAAGAUUCUCUCACAGGUGCUGUUCGCGGAUAGUGGAGACGCUGAAGAGUACUAUGAGAGUUUGAGUGAGCUCCGUCAAACGGGCUACGAGGAUGCUCUUCAGAGAGCCAAGAAACGCUUGCAUGAGCUGUUAGAGAGGCAGCGCUGCAUGGAGAGCAUGGUGGAGCUGCUGGAUCUGUACUCGCAGCAGGACGAGGCGUACGGAGACCUGGUGGAGGCCACCACUGAGCUGUACCACUACCUGCUCCAACCCUUCAGGGACAUGAGGGAGCUGGCCAUGCUGCGGCGACAGCAGAUCAAGAUCUCCCUUGAGACGGAGUUCCUGGGCCCACGGCGUGUGGAGGGACUGAAGCAUGAGGAUGAAGACUGGCAGAAGAAGGCUCACACUGCUGCGCUCUCCAUUCAGGACCUCACUGUCAAGUACUUUGAGACUACAGCUCGAGCACAGAAAUUGAUGCACGAGCGCAUGAAGCUGGACCAACGCAAGUUUGGCAAAGCUACGUGGAGCGCAGCGGUGGAUCGCAUGGAGAAGCUCCAGUACGCCGUCUCCAAGGAGACGCUGCAGCUGAUGCGGGCCAAAGAGAUAUGUCUGGAGCAGAGGAAGCAUGGCCUAUGUGAAGAGAUGCAGGCUCUUCAGGACGGGGAAGAUGCAAUGAGACACCUAGACAACCUGGAGUCACUUUACUAUGAGCUGCAGCUGCAGCUUUAUGAGAUUCAGUUUGAGAUCCUGAAGUAUGAGGAGCUGCUACUGACUGCACAGCUCCAUAGUCUGCGUCGACAGAUGACAGAGAGGCAGGAUGAGGUGGUGUACUAUGAUGCGUAUGAGAGUCCAGACGCCAUGCAGGCCACUGAUGACUGUGCCCCCCCUGGCCCCCCCACCAGAGAAGAGGUGACCAGACUUCAGCAGAAGACCCGGCAGCUGGAGGCUCGAAGGGGCCGCAUCACCGCUAAAAAAGCCUAUCUCAGAAACAAGAAGGAAAUCUGUGUUAUCAAUCACAACCAGAAGAUCCAGCAGCACAACAGAGACGGAGGCAGCAGCGGCGGCUCACAGUUUGGCCACUGCCAGGAUAAAGAGGAGGAGGAGGUCAGGAACUCCAGAGUUCGACAGGAGAGGCAGAAGACCCUGGACCGCUUGCGCAGCUUCAAGCAGCGGUAUCCUGGUCAGGUGACCCUGAAGUCCCAGAGGUUGCGACUCGCCCACAAUAGGAAGAAGUGCGGUGCCACCCUGCCCCAGCCCCAGCCCCCCACGGAGCAGCAGGCCCAGAUGAAGACCCAGGCGGCCAGCGUGCAGACGGAGGACUGUGGCUCCUCCACGCCCCUCACAGAAGGGUCUGCAGGCAGCACAGGCUUCCUCUCCCUAACUGCUGCAGGCGCUGCUGGAUCUAAGCCACUCCUCUCUGCCCCGUGCUCCUUGCCACCAAACUUGGCUCCUCCCCCUCCCCCGCCACCCCCCCCUCCACCACCCUUCUGUGAUGAUGAGGGCCGUCAGGGGCCCUCAGAUGCCGUGGGCCCCAAGCAGCAGCAGCCCUCAGCAGGCAGCGCUCCAUCUCCGCUUGGACCUUUCAGCGCACGCUUUUUUGACAGCAGUCAACUUCUCAGUGCCCGCCGGAAACUCAGGAAGACCACUUCUCUGGAGUCGUCCCAGUGGAGAAGAGCAGCAAGCUCACCUAUGGACGAGGUCCUGGCGUCCCUAAAACGUGGCAGCUUCCACCUCCGGAAGGCGGAGCUGCGUGUGUUGGCCCCCGACCCAGACACGGACGACAGCUUCAACAUCCUGGCCCAGAUCCGCAGAGGUGUGAAGCUGAAGAAGGUGCCUGACGGGGGCCGCGUCCCGCCCGCCGACUCCUGUGACCCCCUGACCCGGAGCAUCCACGAGGCCCUGCGCCGCAUCAAAGAAGCCUCCCCUGAGUCCGAGUCCGAGGACGAGGGGCCUCCCUGCACAGACUGGGAGUGCUAGGUCAUGCAAAAAAAUAUAUACACUUUUCACCUACAAAUAGGGAAAGACAUCCGUAUUAUUAAAUAUGUGUUAGUUAGUUCACACGUUCAUACAUGCACACUUAACAGACCUAUAACUCAACAUGCAUAUCCUCCCUCUCUGUCUGAGAUGUCCCCGCUGUCAGGCAGUGCAUAACCCAGUUUUCAAACCUGGAGGUCAUUGGGUCCAAGUGAAUGAUGUACAGCUAAUCCAAUGAUCGUAGCACCCAUUAAGAACUUCUAGCACCGAAGUAAAAAGCUUCUUACUCUUUCCAACCCUGUGCCUCGGUCCAAGUCAUGACAGUGUUUUUAGCGUCCGUGCACUUUUGACCCACGGGAAUGAUGAUCCAUAACCAUUCGUAGUCGAAAGAAAUCUAUCUUUAUACUUUGUGUUUCUUUCUGGCUGUUCAGAAAAGCACAAAAAAGAAGUCCCUGUUUCGUCUCCGUCAGGGUAGUGUGAGUAAAGACAUCACAACUUUCUUUUUCAUUUCAUUUGUAUGGCAAUUUAUUUCUCUUUCUAGGAGAUGCAAAAAAAAAACAAAUGCCCCUUCUAAACCGUGUCCCACUGCUGCCACCUACUGUACAAAAGUCUCUGUUACAUUUCCUGCUUCUUGGGUUAGUUUGGUUGUUUUGGAAUAACAUUAACAGCAACAUUUAACAUGUCGUCAUUAUCCCCAGAAAAUGUUCUUCAUCCAAGUGGUCAGGCAGUGCUACUUUCUCAAUUGAAAAUAUCCCAUUCCCAUUCUUCCCCACGGUCUGUUCUCAUUCCCAUUCUUCCCCACGGUCUGUUCUAUCAGAUGGACCAGAAGAGAAGACUCAGUCAGUCCUAGUUCAGUUCAUGAGAGCCACAUCAGACAUUCCAGGUUUAGGGAGGUCUUGAGCCUCUUCUGAAGGGUACAAAUCUUGAGCUGACCAUUUAAGGUUUCAUGCCAGCCAGUACGUAAGACCACUGUACAAAGUGUGUCCUUGUAUUCUAAGCAUGUUUUCCAAGCAAAUUGCUCAGUAGCCAAUCUGAGUUUUUUUGCCAUUGACGUCUCAAGAAGUAAAAGCUAAAUCAUGCGACGGGGCGUUGAUUCCGUGGCCACUCUGUAUGAUCCAGCUGGUGGAGUUAGGGAUGUCAUACUGUACUGGCCUCCCUCUGUGUGCUUUUUCAUGUGUGUGUAGUGUAUUUGUAGUAUUUAGUUAUUCCUUUCCACCAAGUAUAACCAUGUUGACUAUAUUCUAGGCGUUAUUUAUUCCUUAUUUUGUAGUAUGUUCUAAUUGCGUACAAAGAGGCUGAAAGAAUAUGCUGUGAAUCUUGUAUUCAUGUCCUGUGUUUGAACCGACUGUGGUCUCAACUCAAGUCUUGAUAGAAGGACUAAAAACAUUUGUGGACAAAGCCUCCCAACUACAGCUCAUGUACGCAGUACUUUGAAUGGAUGCUGGUCUGAAAGGGGAGCAGAGCAUUGAGAUUGAUGUGUUUACUUCAAGGCUAGUAGAGAUUGGAGAAUUUUAAGAUUAUGGACCUUGCCUAUAGGUCCUAGCCUGAGUUCUAAGAUUUAGUUCUCGUUUGCCAUCCCUCUUCUCUAUUGAUUGACAUGUUUUGCUAACUAGCCAACUAAGGCUCUAAAACAGGGCUCUCAAACUCAAAUUACCCGGGGGCCGAUGAGCGUCCAGUCUGGUCAGUAGGGGCCCAGAUUCUUUGAUCUGUUGGCUUGCCUAUCACAAUACUGUAGAUACCACUUUUGAUGUGGCAAAUGUACCAUGUGUGAUCAGUGGUACAAUGGUUAGUGUUGUUGAAUGGAGCUGGUGGGUGGAGGAGAUUAGAAAAUACAUUCAAAUGGUACAUUUUUAGAGUCUAAAACAUGGAUUUAAUCCAAAAAAAACAUUUGAAUUUAUUUUCUAAUAUCCUCCACCAAACACCUCCAUUGUCACCUCCAUGUCAAUUAAGACCUCAACCAGUGUAUUUAUAUUGUCUGUUAGAAAAUAAGCUUUUGGCCUAAAUAUCUAACUGCAAAAGACAUAACAAUUGAUUGAAGGGAUGCAAAAUGGCUUUUGCUUGAGCUCAGAACUUGCACUAGGACCCAGGCAAGCGUUAUGGGGCUCACAUGGACUUGCCUCUGAGUAAGGAACACAAGCUUAAUAUUCUAGAAUCAUCCAUGGAGAAAGAAACACAAGCUUAAUAUUCUAGAACCAUCCAUGGAGAAAGAAACACAAGCUUAAUAUUCUAGAACCAUCCAUGACCCUUUAGUUCCACACCUGUGUGACUGAUUUUCAGAGUGUGUUGUUCUCUGUAAUAUUUUUUUUUGGCCUUUGUAUGUAAACUUAUUUUCCCUUAAACUGUUUUACAGCCAACACUACAGUUACACUUCAGUAGUUUCAAGUGGUUUCAACAGGUAACUACAUAUGUGCAAUACCUAUUAUGAAAACUGAAAACCUAUAUUUUUCAUGUUUAUUGUACUGUAAUGAAAUCAAAGUUCAAGAUCCAUUUGCAUGAUUGCUUAAACUACAUAUAUAUAUAUUUAUUAAGACUUAAAGACAAAUGUAUAGCAAUACUAUCCAAAUAUAAAAUGCUUUUUCACGUUUUUUUUUUCUUUGUUUCAUUUUGCUCUGCCUUUUUCCAAUGACUGUAUUCCUGCUAACUGUUUGAUCAUUUAAAGCUGCAUUCUCCCUUAAGUAAAUAAAAUCAGUAAAAGUCCAA